AAUCUUUCCCCCACUUUCAAUUAUGGCAGCAGUUCGUUAUUUACUUUCAAUUAUUUCUAAAACAGGAGGGUUGAAGGAUUCCCUAUACGCUGAUCAUCUCUGCGCCCCUAGUCCCCGUAUAUGAGCGCGCAAAGACUGUGUCCAGAUCCCUCUGUUCAUCGCUAGCUGCCUCAAAUACGAACGAGCCAACCCCUGUCCAGAAUCCCUAGAAUGUUUCCAGUUUGCCCAACUGCCACAAAUUUUGGCUGCUAGGUUUUGGUCCAACCUUAGCAAUAUUUUUGUUUAUGUCAAAUCCUUAUUGUGUCUGAAUUAAAUCUUGGAAAGCCUAAGGCACAGGUAGAAAUAUGUAUCAAGUUGACAUCAAACGUGAAGAAGGUGACACAAAACACCCACCUCUACUUGCAACAACUGCGGGUGAGGGUUCAACCAAUGUGGGGGGGCAAGAAGGCCAAGGUGCUACAAAGAAGCAACUAGAUUCAAAGGUAGAUUUUUUUUAAAGCUCCUGCUUUUGUAGCCUGUCUAGCCAGUGUGCUCUGUUAGCUGUCUUAGCAUUUUCUUUUUUCUUGUUAAUGUGAUAAAAGUUGCAUGUGUAUAGUGACAUUAUUCUUUGAUGAUUAAUAUGUGAUGGAAAAUGGCUGAUUUACAUUGUAUGGUUACAUCAGUUGGCCUAAGUUUCUUCCUCUUAGAUUCCACCAACUCCAUUUGCACAUAUUUUUUCAUCUUUUGUAUUAUCUUUAGUGCGAGUAUUUAUUCUUAGCUGCUGUCAAAGGUUCAAGGCAUUUCAGUCUUUUGGCUUUGUUGUUUAGCUUCUAUAGGCGGUGCUUUAUAUUUCUAAAGAUUAAAUGCAAAACCAAUGAUCAUUACAGGUAACUAAGUACUAGAGAAUGUUUUUUUCAUCUAAUUUUAAAUAAAGAUAAACUUCAUUUUUGGGGCUCAGACCUACGACCUACAGGGUUACUUUAUUAAGGUCAGGUGGUCAUUGCAAAAGUCCACAUGGGUUCCAUCAUCUAACAUAGCAGAAUCUGUAAUUGAAUCUUAAGGUGUCUUUGCAGCCAAAGUUGUGAACUUUGCUGUUAGGGUUGCAUGUUGUUGGGGUCGAUGUAUUAACAUUCUACACAAUACAUAUAUUCUUCUGGUCACGUGUAUUCAAUACAAUUUGGCAUCGUUGAGAGUUGUUCACAUUGUUGCAAUCAUCUUUCAGAACGGUAAUUUAUCAAGAAAAGACAUGUCUUUUAUCGCACAAGAAGUAUCAUCACACACUUGUUUCUAAAUGGUAAUUUGCUAAGUAAAUUCGUAUAUGUACUGAAUAGUGUGAAUACUGAUUAAACCCAACUCACUGCUUUUCACUUGCAAGGCUGCAUUCGUACAUGUUUCUGCUCAGACAGACAUUUAAAACUUAGAAAGUAAACAUGGAGAGUACAUAAUUUUCAGCAGGUAGAGUGAUGGAAUCUGGAUAUGGAAAUUGUACAGCUGUGAACUUAGUAAUGGGUAGAUGAUUUGUGAUGUUUUCAUAUUCAAGGUUGUCACGGCGGCUUUGCGAGGCGCGACGCCGGUGAACUGCCUCAUCGCCUGGAUGACUAGGUGACCGCUUAGGUGAUACUUAGGCGACAAGUAAAUAUAAUAUAAAACAUAAUACGUCAAUUAGUACUUCAUCAUAUUAAUUUAAAAUGGGAGUCCGAUGUAUAUUUACUUUCAAUGAAACUACAAAAAUUUAGCAAAAUGUAGUAAUGUGAUUUAUGUGGCUGAUUUUUAUGGAAAUGGGGAAAAAAAAUCAUUAAGGGAAAAGAGUAACUGCAAAGAUAAAUAAAGAAACGAAAAUGAAGAACAAGGAAGAAAGAGAGAAGAAAAGUAAGAAAGAAAAUGCAAACUUGGGUAAGAAUUCAACCACGGGCUUCCUUACGAAUGCCUAGUUAAUGCCUAAGAGAUUUCAUUCAACGUUCGGUGUUCUUUAUGUGACGCGGCCAGCUUUGGCGAUUGCCUCCUACUCCAUGGGCGCCUGGUCGCUGCCUAGAUGACGCCAUGACAACUAUGUUUUCAAUACCUAUAGAGUAUAGAGUCAAAAUUAGUUUCUCUAUUUCAGGGUAGUUGUGUCUAUAAUGUUUUAAUGAAACACAAGAUUUAUUCCAUAAUAAACAUGUACUUCAUACUUGAAUGCUUCAACUGAGUUUCUGUAAGUGAACAGCUAUUGGAUUGGUAUGGGUAAUCUGCCUACAAACAUCCAUUUGGAUGAACCUGGUGACAUACCUUCUAGAGUGGUUGAGUAGCUUUAAGUACCCUUUAUCAUGUUCUAUGUACACACAUGAUUCAUAAAUACAUGAUAUGUAUGUAUAUGCAUGUAUGUAAAUGUGUGCGUGUGAGUGUAAUAAUAUCCUUGUCGGGGUUAUAACUAUAACAUCAAUGUCAUAAAUAUAAAUAUAUAUAUGGAUGCACGUGAAGAUUAGUUUGGUAAACAUAUCCCGAGAUCUGCUGUUGGCGUACCAGAGUCUUGGGGUGGUAUGUGGAGAUUUGAGCACGUCACCUCUUUAUGUCUAUCAAAGUAUAUUUGUGGAAAUGUUGCGGAAGCAUCAAACUCCUGAUGCAAUAUUUGGCACCUUCUCAUUGAUCUUUUGGACACUUACGCUGAUGCCUUUGCUCAAAUAUGUAGUCGUCAUGCUUAGUGCAGAUGACAAUGGUGAAGGUGGGAGCUUUGCUCUAUACUCUGCUCUGUAGACAUGCAAAGCUUAAUCUACUUCCCAAUUAACAAGCUGCUGAUGAGGAGCUAUCUACUUACAAAUAUGGCUCCACUAGGCUUUCUGCGUCAUCUUUACCAUUGAAGCGGUUUAUAGAGAGGCAUAAAAAAGCACGGAUGAUUUUAUUCCUUGUUGUAUUGCUAGGGGCUAGCAUGGUCAUUGGUGACGGUGUGCUCACUCCUGCAAUAUCAGUUUUAUCAUCUGUUUGUGGGAUUCAAGAUGCUGCUGAAAGCUUGCCUAAUGGUGCUGUCCUGCUCAUUACUUGCAUUAUAUUGGUUGGUCUAUUUGCUCUUCAGCAUGUUGGUACCCACAGAGUAGCUUUCUUGUUUGCACCAAUAGUAUCAAUCUGGUUGAUUUCAAUUUUUUCCCUUGGGUUGUACAAUACAAUAGUUUGGAAUCCAAAAAUUGUGUCUGCUCUUUCUCCGUAUUAUAUCAUCAAGUUUUUUCGGCAUACCGGAAAAGAUGGAUGGAUUUCGCUUGGAGGAGUGCUCCUAUCUGUAACAGGGACUGAAGCUAUGUUUGCAAAUCUUGGCCAUUUCAAUUCUUUCUCAAUGAGGGUAAGUACAAGUACGUUUUUCCAUCACUAUGAAAGUAUGAGUCGCGUCUUGUGGGAAAACUAUUCUUCUAUAUGCUGCAAUGGACCUAGCAUAUAAAGCCUCUCAUGAUACUUUUUUUAGAGUUGGGGUUUAACAUCGUUGGGCACCAUAGUGGUAUUCAUGUUCUGAUUCUUCUGCUCAUGUUGAAAUCCAAGAGGGAAAGUUACUUAGAAAUUGCUUUCAGGGAAAACACCUUUUUAUUGUUUAUUUGAGAAAAGGUGAAAAUUAAAAGUUUGGUAGGAAAACAAAAUAUUACUCUGUACUCUUUAAAUUUUAAUGUUUUUUAAAUAUAAAGAGUUUCUUGUGUAGCAUGAAGUGUUGUUAGUUGAAGCAUCAAGCCCAAUAACUAAUGUAUGAUAGAAAGCGGUGAGACACAACCCUGGUGAAGAUUCAUUGCCUAUGAAUUGAAAUGUUUUCCAGCAAAAAUAGAGUCAUUUCUGUAACACUGAAAUCAAUAUUGCAGACAUGAGUUCUUUAUUUUGGGACUUAGAAAGUACUUCUGACUUCUGAGGCUCUUGUAAUGGAUCCUAUCAAGAUAGUUAAGUUGUCAAUCAUCCUAUCUAAUGAUACUCAAAAGUCUUUUGGACCAUUAAAUGUCAACUCAUCUGAACUCUGCCGUACUGUUGGGUGAUGGGCUGAUGGCUUUCAGCCACUCACCAAGCCGUUCAAUUUCCUAUUUCUCAAUAAAGACAGGUAGAACUUCCAUGGAGCAAAAAUAAUUAACAAAUUGAUUCCCGGUAGCGAUGUACUUAUAUACUAUCAUUUCAAUCUGUUUCCUAGUUUGGAUACCCAAUUUCUCAUGCAUGCGAGUUUAUUGAUUUGGGUUCCAGUAACGCUCUUUUACUUACUAGUCUAUUUUUUCCUUUCAUUUCAUUCAGUUUGCAUUUGUACUUGGCGUGUAUCCUUGUUUAGUGGUACAAUACAUGGGGCAGGCUGCUUUUCUGUCCAAAAACAUUGCUUCAGUACCAAAUAGUUUUACGAUUCAGUUCCUGGUUAGUAUUUUUCUUGAGAUUCAAUGCAACUCUAUCAGAGUCCUAGUGCGAUCUAGUUUGCUUCGUUACCCUUGCAGAUGGUGCGCACUGGCCAGUUUUUGUUAUUGCCACCCUUGCAGCUAUUGUUGCCAGUCAGUCAAUUAUCACUGCUACGUUCUCUAUCAUCAAGCAAUGUAAUGCACUUGGAUGCUUCCCAAGAGUCAAGAUUGUUCACACGUCAAAGCAUAUCUACGGCCAGAUUUAUAUACCUGAAAUAUAUUGGAUAUUCAUGAUUCUUACUCUGUUAGUGGCCAUUGGUUUCCAGGAUGUAACUUUAAUUGGAAAUGCAUAUGGACUAGCAUGCAUGACAGUUAUGUUCAUCAUGACGUUUCUGAUGUCACUCAUCACCGUGUUUGUCUGGGGAAGAAACCCCAUAUAUGCCGCCGCCUUCCUCUUCUUCUUUUGUUUCAUUGAACUUGUCUACCUUUCAGCAUCAGUCAUUAAAAUCCCUCAGGGUGGGUGGGUAUCUCUUGUCCUCUCCCUAGUAUUCCUGUUCGUCAUGUUCGUCUGGCACUAUGGGAUCCGCAAGAAGUACACAUUCGAUCUCCACAACAAAGUCCCACUGAAAUGGCUACUCGGCCUAGGACCCACACUCGGCAUCGUCCGAGUCCCAGGGAUCGGCCUCGUUUACUCAGAACUUGCAACAGGAGUCCCCUCCAUAUUCUCCCACUUCGUGACUAACCUUCCUGCCUUUCACAGUGUACUCGUUUUUGUGUGUGUAAAGUAUGUCCCCGUCCCUUACGUUUCACCUGAGGAAUGGUUCCUUAUUGGACGGGUCUGCCCGAGACCAUACCGUAUGUACCGGUGCAUCAUUAGGUACGGGUACAAGGACACAGAGAAAUGAUGGAGACUUUGAGAAUCAGCUUAUACACAGCACAGCGGCUUUCAUUCAGAUGGAGUCCAUCGAACCUCAGGUAUCAAGCUCUGAGAGUUCUUCUUUUGAUGGGAGGAUGGCAGUUAUAAGCAGCACUCAGUCUGGCGGCUCUGCUUUGAUGGUUGUACGUGAUGACAAAGAAAAUUUGCAAUGCAGCAGCAGCAAAUCAGCAACCCUUCAGAGCCUGAGGUCUGCUUACUUUGACGAGAACUUUGUCAUCUAGCGCAUUCAGAUACCAGUGUGACCAAGG